AUGCCAGAGUGUAGAUUUAUGGGGUCGGGCCUGGGAUCGGGGAGGAAACCCCGGGCCCUCGCGCUUUCGUGUCGCCCCCGUGGUCCUGCAGAAGGCUGGGGACCCAUGGGAAAACCGCCCCCGGGUGGAUCUCCCCAGGGCGGGAAACCCGGGAAGAAAAAAAGGCCUGCAAGUGGUAACAGCGCAAAGGGGCCCGCGGGGAAGGUUUUGGGGCAUUGCGGCAUCCCAACGGCCUCUACACCAGGUGGCAGAGGCUUUGAAACGCCUUUUGGGGCACCCCCACCGGGGCCAGGACCAGAAGCUGAAAAACUACGUCAAGCAGGAACCCCCGAGGCCCUGCAGGGGGGGGCGAGGGCUUGGAUUUCGGGCUUCAAGAAGGAACCAGGGGCCCUGGGCCAGCGCUCCCCCCCCCGUGCCCUGGGGCCAGAAGGCUAA